ACCCCCAUUGCCACGAUUUGUUUCAAGAUGGAUACUCGAUCCAGAGCAGGCGGGAGCAUGUUCUGGGCCAUCCUGCUGCGCCCCCGCGGCGCCGGCCCCGGCGCCCGCCAGCCCGGCGCACCCGCUCGCUGCCCCCGCGGCCGCAGGCCCCACGCUGCUGCGGCGCGCGGACGCGCACGGUCCGCCCGCGCGCGCGGCGGGCAGCUGCUCGAAGGUCGGACAGCUCAUCCAGAAGUUCGAGGACCAGGCGCGCGCCGCAUGGGCGGGGAGCGGCGAUGGACGCUCGAUCUGCCGCGUUCUGCCUCGGCUCCGGGUCGGGCCGGGCCAGGGGCAUGGGCGGCGGACGGCUUGGGGUCCAGGCCUCCCAGAUGGGGUUUGA